ACUAUCAGCCAGUGUCUGUGUGCUACGAAAACAAGCGCGGAUACUCCGAAAAUUAAUACACCGACCGGAUGAACUACUUCUUCGUUGAGACGGUGGCCGGUUAAUAAUUUGCCUGAACGAGAACUGAAACAUCACUCGCAGUGUCACGUUAGACUCGUCCGACAAUGAUUCAGCGACUUAUUAUGCGUUUCUGCCUGCUGCUCAACUAACGGUAGCUAGCUUGCUAGCUAGCGCGUGCUACGGCUGUGUGUCAGAGGAACCGGGUCGGGACUCCGGACCUCAGCAAAGUACCGCUCGCUGGCUCCAGAAAACGUCACUUGAACAUGCUGUUAAGUGGGUAUUGCCAACUUAUUUUCUGAACAGCAAACAGAAAAAUUGACAAUGAAGGUCGACAGAAGCAAGUUAAAGAAAACUCCUACGGAAGCUCCUGCCGACUGCAGGAUACUUAUAGAGAAGCUCAAGGCAUGUAGUGAUGAGCAACUACUUGUUGAACUGCAGCACAUCAAGACCUGGAAUAUUGGCAAGUGUGAGCUGUACCAUUGGGUGGAUCUGCUAGAUCGCUUCGAUGGCAUCCUGUGCGACGCAGGCCAGACAGUGGAGAACAUGUCAUGGCUGCUGGUGUGUGACCGUCCUGACAAUGGACAGCUCAAAGCAUUGCUUUUGGCAGUACUCAACUUCACAGCUCUGCUCAUUGAGUAUAGCUUUUCUAGGCACCUCUACAGCUCCAUAGAGCACUUAACCACGUUGUUAGCAUCAUGUGACAUGCAGGUGGUACUGUCUGUGCUGAACCUGCUCUAUGUGUUCAGUAAGCGCUCAAACUACAUCACAAGACUAGGAUCUGACAAAAGGACGCCCCUACUGGCUCGUCUGCAACACCUGGCUGAGAGCUGGGGAGGAAAGGAGAAUGGCUUUGGUCUGGCUGAGUGCUGCAGGGAUCUGCCUAUGACAAAGUACCCUCCGAGUGCAACCACUCUGCAUUUUGAAUUUUAUGCCGAACCAGGCCCUGAGGUCAAAGUAGAGAAGAAGACAAGUAGUAACACACUACACUAUAUUCACAUCGAGCAGCUUGACAAGAUUUCAGAGAGCCCAUCUGAGAUCAUGGAGUCGCUGACAGUGAUGUACAACAUCCCUAAGGACAAACAGACCCUGUUGUUCACACACAUUCGACUAGCCCAUGGUUUUUCUAAUCACAAGAAGAGGUUGCAGGCUGUGCAGGCCCGACUGCAUGCUAUCUCUAUACUAGUGUAUUCAAAUGCACUUCAAGAGUCAGCCAACAGUAUUCUGUAUAAUGGCUUGAUAGAGGAGCUGGUGGAUGUAUUGCAGAUUACAGACAAACAGCUUGUGGAUAUCAAGGCAGCAUCUUUGCGCACUUUAACCUCAAUUGUCCAUCUGGAGAGGACACCCAAACUUUCCAACAUCAUCGACUGCACCGGCACUGCCUCCUACCAUGGCUUCUUGCCUGUGUUGGUGCGCAACUGUAUACAAGCUAUGAUUGAUCCUCUGAUGGAACCCUACCCACACCAGUUUGCCACUGCACUCUUUUCAUUCCUCUACCAUUUGGCUAGCUAUGAUGCUGGAGGGGAAGCCCUUGUCUCAUGUGGUAUGAUGGAAGCACUCCUGAAGGUGAUCAAGUUCCUUGGCGAUGAGCAGGACCAGAUCACCUUUGUGACUCGAGCAGUACGGGUUGUGGACCUCAUCACCAACCUUGACAUGGCUGCCUUUCAGUCCCACAGCGGCCUUUCCAUUUUCAUCAGCAGGCUAGAGCAUGAGGUGGACCUGUCAAGGAAAGAGUGUCCUUUUGUCAUCAAGCCAAAGAUUCAUAGGCCCAGCUCAAAUGUGGAGUCCGAGGACAUGGACACCGACAUGGAGAUGUCAGAAGUAGCCAUGGAAAGCAGCCCCGGACCUUCAACAUCAUCGGGCUCCAAACCAGAGGCAGAUCAACGAUCACAGAGCAGCGGCGCUAACACACCUCGUGCAGGUAUGCAGUGCAUCCCCCAGAGGGCAGCUUUACUAAAGUCGAUGCUAAAUUUCUUGAAGAAAGCCAUCCAGGACCCUGCCUUUUCCGAUGGUAUCCGACACGUAAUGGAUGGGUCCCUGCCUACCUCACUCAAGCACAUCAUCAGUAAUGCAGAAUAUUAUGGCCCUUCACUCUUCCUCUUAGCGACGGAGGUUGUGACGGUCUUUGUGUUCCAGGAGCCAUCCCUGCUCUCCUCUUUGCAGGAUAAUGGUCUCACUGAUGUCAUGCUGCAUGCCCUUCUCAUCAAAGAUGUUCCUGCUACUCGUGAGGUGUUGGGAUCUCUCCCCAAUGUGUUCAGUGCUCUGUGCCUGAAUGCAAGAGGCCUGCACUCCUUUGUUCAGUGCCAGCCAUUUGAGCGCCUCUUCAAAGUGCUUUUGUCCCCUGACUAUCUGCCUGCUAUGCGACGGCGACGCAGCUCUGACCCUUUGGGUGACACUGCAUCCAACUUGGGCAGUGCUGUGGAUGAGCUCAUGAGACACCAACCAACUUUGAAGACUGAUGCUACCACUGCCAUUAUUAAGUUACUGGAGGAGAUAUGCAACUUAGGUCGGGCCCCUGAGUACAUCUGCCAGAAACCUUCGAUCCAGAAAGCAGAUGGCACUGUAGCAGUGCCACCAGCACGCUCCAGUCACGCUGCUGAAGAAGCUUCUAGUGAGGAUGAAGAGGAAGAAGACGCCCUCCAUACCUUCAGCCAGCAGCAGGGGGAACCAGAGAGCAACAGACAGUCAGUGCCACUUGAACUGGUUGUGGGCACUGAGGAGCGAAUACCCAUUCCUCUCAUGGAUUAUAUUCUGAAUGUGAUGAAGUUUGUGGAGUCUAUUCUAAGCAACAACACCACAGAUGACCACUGUCAGGAGUUUGUCAACCAGAAGGGGCUGCUGCCUCUGGUCUCUAUUCUGGGUUUACCUAACUUGCCCAUAGACUUCCCCACCUCUGCUGCCUGCCAAGCAGUGGCUGGUGUCUGCAAGUCCAUAUUGACUCUUUCUCAUGAGCCUAAGGUACUCCAGGAAGGCCUGUGCCAACUGGACAGUAUUCUGACGUCUCUAGAGCCACUUCACCGACCUAUCGAGGUGCCUGGUGGGUCUGUGCUUCUCAGAGAACUGGCUAACGCGGGCCAUGUCACCGACGCUACGUUAUCAGCCCGUGCAACACCUCUUCUUCAUGCACUUACCGCAGCACAUGCCUACAUCCUCAUGUUUGUCCAUACUUGCAGAGUUGGUCAGAGUGAGAUCAGGGCAAUCUCAGUCAACCAAUGGGGCUCCCAGCUUGGAUUGAGUGUUCUCAAUAAGCUCAGUCAGCUUUACUGCUCUCUGGUGUGGGAGAGCACUGUGCUGCUGUCCCUCUGCACACCCAACAGCCUGCCACCAGGAUGUGAAUUUGGCCAGGCUGACAUGCAGAAACUUGUGCCCAAAGAAGACAAGCCAUCUAGCAGCACUGCAGCACCUACUGCCUCUGGCUCCAGACGAACUGCAGAAACUGAGACGACGUCUGUGGAUGCAUCUGCUGGUGGACUGUUGGAAGGCAUGGGCCUAGAUGGGGACACCUUAGCUCCCAUGGAGACAGACGAACCCACUGCAACUGACCCUAAGGUCAAAUCCAAGCUUACCCCAGCUAUGGCAACCCGCAUCAAGCAGAUUAAACCGCUACUCUCUGCUUCAUCUCGACUUGGUAGGGCUCUGGCUGAGCUCUUUGGCUUGCUGGUGAAGCUGUGUGUGGGCUCUCCAGUCCGCCAACGCCGCUCCCACCAUGCCACAAGCACUGGCACUACCCCUACACCUGCUGCCCGGGCCACUGCCUCCGCUCUGACCAAGCUCCUCACCAAGGGUCUGAGCUGGCAGCCCCCACCCUACACACCCACCCCUCGCUUUAGGCUGACAUUCUUCAUCUGCUCAGUGGGCUUCACAUCUCCCAUGCUGUUUGAUGAGAGAAAGUAUCCCUACCACCUCAUGCUGCAAAAGUUCUUUUGCUCUGGGGGGCAUGAUGCCUUAUUUGAGACAUUUAACUGGGCCCUGUCAAUGGGUGGGAAGGUGCCAGUGUCUGAGGGUCUGGAGCAUGCUGAUCUACCAGAUGGGACAGGAGAGUUCCUUGAUGCCUGGUUAAUGCUGGUGGAGAAGAUGGUGAACCCAAGCACUGUACUGGACUCACCCCACUCCCUACCAGCUAAAAUGCCCGGAGUCACACCCACUAUGCCCCAGUUCAGCGCCCUGCGGUUCCUCAUAGUCACCCAGAAGGCUGCAUUCACAUGCAUCCGCAGUUUGUGGAAUAGGAAGCCGCUGAAGGUGUAUGGAGGCAGGAUGGCUGAAUCCAUGCUGGCCAUCCUCUGCCACAUCCUUAGAGGUGAGCCGGUUAUCCAGGAGCGCCUGACCAAGGAGAGAGAGGGGACAGUGCGUGCGGAUGAGGAAGGCUCUUCUACUACUACUACUACUACUGCUGCUACUACUACUACUACGACUACUACUUUGGCCCCCACCGGGGCCCCUGGAGCAGCAACAACAACAGCUGGAGAGGCACCAGCACCGACUGUACCAGCAGCUGGGGGACCAGCAGGAGGAUCAACUGAUGAGUCAACCAAUCCCACCCCCCGCCGUGAACCCCAGGUCAACCAGGCGCAACUUACACAGUUGAUGGAUAUGGGAUUUUCAAGAGAACAUGCCAUGGAGUCCCUCCUGAACACCAGCACCAUGGAGCAGGCCACAGAAUACCUACUUACACACCCCCCUCCACUUCUUAGUGGAGCAGUAAGGGACAUGACUAUGUCUGAGGAGGAUCAGAUGAUGAGGGCUAUUGCCAUGUCACUUGGGCAAGAGGUCAGCAUGGAGCAGCGUUCUGAUUCUCCUGAGGAAGCAGCACGUCGGCGUGAGGAAGAUGACAGGAGAGCAAGGGAGCGGGCAGAAGAGGAAGAAGCCCGCUGCUUAGAACGCUUCAUGGAGGCUGAACCGCUGGAUCCCCAGGAGCUGCAUACAUUCACUGACUCUAUGCUGCCUGGCUGCUUCCAUCUCCUGGAUGAGCUGCCUGACACAGUCUACAGACUCUGUGACCUGCUGAUGACUGCCAUCAAGAGGAGUGGCCCAGAAUACAGAGAUCUCAUCCUUGGUCAGGUUGUUCACCAGGUGUGGGAGGCAGCAGAUGUGCUGAUCAAGGCGGCUGAGCCUCUGACAACCAGUGACACAAAGACAGUGUCUGAGUGGACUAGACAGAUGGCCACACUGCCCCAGGCCUCCAAGCUUGCAACACGAAUUCUGCUGCUCACAUUGCUCUUUGAGGAACUGAAGCUGCUUGGUGCCAGAGUGGUGGAGAACAGUGGGAUUCUUGAUUUGCUGAUUAAGUUGCUUGAGGUUGUGCAGCCGUGUCUGCAGGCUGCUAAAGAACAGAAAGACAUCCAGACACCAAAGUGGAUCACCCCAGUACUGUUGAUCAUUGACUUCUAUGAGAAGAUGGCAGUCUCUUCAAAGCGCAGAGAACAAAUGAACAAGUAUCUCCAGCCCAAUGGAAAUAACUGGCGAUGGUUUGAUGAUCGCUCUGGCCGUUGGUGCAGUUACAGUGCAUCAAACAACAGUACCAUCGACUCAGCAUGGAGGGCUGGGGAAAGCAGUGUCCGCUUCACAGCUGGACGCCGUAGAUACACUGUGCAAUUCAACACCAUGGUGCAGGUAAACGAGGAGACCGGUAACAGGAGGCCAGUGAUGUUGACUGUCCAGAGAGUGCCACGUAUACCCAAGCCUGCCAAGUCUGGUAGCAUUACCGACUCUGAGAGAGAAGAGGCAGAGAAGAGCAAAGCAGAGGAAACUCAGACUGACCUAGACUCGGGGGCAGCAGUGGAGAUGAGUGCUCCAAAGGAUGAUUCCAGCCAGAAGGAGACCACCACAGGCCCCUCCCCUGCCCCAGAGUCGGAUCACUCUCAGAGCACAGAUAUUGUUGUACAAGGCCUGAGUGAAGACAUGACCACCGUUCUUAUUCGGGCCUGUGUCAGUAUGAUUAGUGUUCCUGUGGACCCAGACACCCUCCACGCCACACUGCGGCUGUGUUUGCGCCUCACACGCAAUCAUCACUAUGCUAUGAUGUUUGCUGAGUUAAAGAGCACACGGAUGAUUCUGGGGUUGACGCAGAUCUCCGGCUUCAAUGGCUUCACCCCACUCGUUACUCUGCUGUUCAGACACAUCAUUGAAGAUCCAGCCACACUGCGGCAUACCAUGGAAAAGGUUGUGAGAUCAGCUGUGACCAGUGGAGCGGGCAGUACCACCUCGGGUGUGGUUUCAGGUAGCCUUGGUUCCAGAGAAAUCAAUUACAUUCUUCGCGUCCUGGGCCCGGCCGCCUGCCGUAAUCCUGAAUGCUUCGCUGAAACCGCCAGCAAUUGUGUCCGCAUUGCUCUGCCUGCACCACGUGGAGCUGGCACUGCGUCUGAUGAUGAGUUUGAGAACCUUCGAAUUAAGGGGCCAAAUGCAGUGCAGCUGGUGAAGACCACGCCUCUGAAACUCUCACCCUUACCUACUAUUCCUGACACUAUCAAGGAGGUCAUCUAUGAUAUGCUUAAUGCCCUGGCUGCCUACCACGCGCCCGAAGAACCGGAGCGUCCAGAAGAACGUGCAGUAGUUGUGCCUGGUGGUCAAGACCUGUGCCAGAUAUUGCAGGAUGUCGGUGAUGACGUUUACCAGCAAUACCGACUCACCCGGCAGGGUAGCGACUUCGACUCCCAGUCUGCUUUCCAUAUCAAUAGCCGUGUCUCUUUGUCACAGACUCAAGUGUUUGCUGCUGAUGGCGCUGUGGCUGAGUCUUCUCAGUCUGGCACACCACAAGGAGAAGCCUCCACACCAGAGGAGAUGCGGGAGGAGAAGAAGGAACAGGAGGGAGAGAAAGGCACAAGCUCAGAUGAGGGUAAAGCAGCCAAGGUAAAGGCAAGUAAGCCUUUGAUGCCAACUUCCACCAUCCUCAGACUGCUGGCUGAGCUGGUGCGCUCCUAUGUUGGCAUCGCCACAUUAAUUGCCUCCUACUGCUACACUGCUGGACAGUCCGAACUUAUUAAGGAGGAUUGCAGUGUUCUAGCCUUUGUACUGGACCACUUGCUGCCCCACACCCAGAAUUCAGAAGACAAGGACACCCCAGCCCUGGCACGUCUCUUCCUUGCAAGCCUGGCAGCUGCCGGCACAGGCACUGAUGCCCAGGUAGCCCUUGUCAAUGAGGUGAAGGCGGCCUUAAGUCGAGCACUUGCAAUGGCAGAAGGCACCGAAAAACACGCCAGGCUUCAGGCAGUGAUGUGCAUCAUCAGCACCAUCAUGGAAUCAUGCCCCUCCACAUCCAGCUUCUAUAGCACAGCAGCAGCCAAGACGCAACACAACGGCAUGAACAACAUCAUAAGGCUUUUCCUUAAGAAAGGACUGGUUAAUGACUUAGCCCGUGUGCCUCACAGCUUGGAUUUGUCCAGUCCCAACAUGGCCAACACAGUGAAUGCUGCCCUGAAGCCGCUGGAGACUCUAUCCCGUAUUGUGAACCAGCCCAGUAGUUUGUUUGGGGGCAAAGGAGGCUCAAGCAAGAACAAGACUGAACAUGAUACUGUGGGCACCGCCAGGGACAGCAACAGCAACACUCAAGGAGAGUCUGGUGAGGCAGAGCCAGUAGAGGGCAGCCACAGGGUGCAGGGAACAGACACUGACCUGAUGGAUGGAGAGACGGAGGGAGACACUGUAGUAAUCGCUGGUCAGCCAGAGGUUCUCAGCACACAGGCUAUGCAGGUAGAGAAUGAGUUGGUGGACCUGAUUGAUGAGCUCCUGGAAAGAGAUGCUGGCACUGUCAACAGCACUAUUAUAGUGGGACGAAGCGGUGAAGAUGAGUCGCAAGAGGAUGUUUUGAUGGAUGAGGCCCCUUCAAAUAUUAGCCAGACAUCCACUCUACAGGCAAACCGGGAAGACUCUAUGAACAUCAUGGAACCAGAGGAUGAGGAACACACUCAGGAGGAAGAUUCGAGCGGCAGCAAUGAUGAUGAAGACAGUCAGGAUGAAGAGGAGGAGGAAGAAGACGAGGAGGAGGAGGAGCAGGAUGAUGAGGAAGGAGACGAGGAUGAUGACGAUGAAGGUUCAGAGAUGGAGUUGGACGAGGACUUCCCUGACAUCAAUGCCGCACCUCACAUCCGCUUUGAAAGGUUUGACAGAGACGAUGACCUCAUCAUAGAGUUCGACAACAUGUUCUCCAACAACGCUGACAUCCCUCCUUCCCCAGGGAACAUCCCUAGCUCCCAUCCACUGAUGGUGCGCCAUGCUGACCACGGUUCCCUCACCCUAGGCGUGGCAGGCACAAGCAGCCGCCUAGCCCAGGGCAUGGGUCGCAGUCAGCGGACACUCCGCCAGCUCACUGCUAACAGUGGACAUACUAUCCAUGUCCACUACCCUGGCAAUCGCCAGCCCAACCCACCAUUAAUUUUGCAAAGAUUGUUGGGUCCCAGUGCUGCAGCAGACAUUUUACAGUUGUCCAGCUCUCUGCCUCUGCAGUCUCGCGGCCGUGCCCGGCUUUUGGUUGGAAAUGAAGACGUGCACAUCAUUGCUCGCUCUGAUGAUGAGUUGUUGGAUGAUUUUUUCCAUGAGCAAAGCAGUACUGGGGGCCAAGCAGGUACCCUCUCUAGUAUUCCCACUGCCUUAACUAGGUGGACAGAUGAGUGUAAAGUGCUCGACGCUGAGAGUAUGCACGACUGUGUCGCAGUUGUGAAGGUGCCUAUCCUGCAGCAUCUAGAGAGUCUGCGUGAUGAGGAACUGGAAGAGCGUAGAGAAAAGAGGAGGAGGCAGCUGGCGGAGGAAGAGGAGUCGAAGCAAAAUGAGAAGAGGGCCUCUGGAGCAGAACAGGCCAGGGAACAGAGCCUGCAGGGUUCGGGAUUGGGGACAAUUAAUGGUGGAGAGAACACUGCAGAGGGUGAGCAGGCUCAGGGUGGCACAGUGUCAUGUCUGGACCCACCCAGGGUCUCGGACGGUUUCCUCACUGCUCCCCCAUCUGGAGAGGUCACCCCCACAUCUGCUCCUCAUGAGCAGGCUCUAGUCUCCUUGGAGACUGCGAUCAGUCAGCAGGUCCACCAACCAAUCGCUGACCUGCUAUUGGCUGAGUCGCAUGGCAGCUCACUGGCUGCUCUGGCAGGGGCAGGCCUUCCACCCUUGGCGGCAGCUGACAGACCCAACAGUGAAGUGGAGGCAUCUCAGAUGGAAAUGUCCCCAGCACCCACAAUCGGUGAGAGAGUCGGUGGAGGAGGAGCGUUGGAUGAAGGCAGGGAAGCCUCCCUAAGUCCAGACAUCGUGGAGACCUCAGAGCCUGCAGUAGUGGGUGUGUCACAACUGGAAGGGUCUCCCAUGGAUACCAGCAGCCCUGCCUCUGCCACUCAGGAAGAAGCUGCUCCCAUCCCUGCCCAGUCCACCCAGCUCUCUCAGGAGCUUUCUGGUAGUGGGGAGAGUGGACUGACUGACAGGCAGACAGAUGCAGAGACGGGCCCGACUUCUGUGUCAUCCCCUGGGGAAAUGAUGCCCAGGAGUGACAGUGCUGACAGCCAGUCUCAGGCCAUUCAGGAAGAGCCCCUCCCAUCAACCAGCAAUGAGGAGGAGGACCCACUUGCAGGCAUCAGUCUGCCAGAAGGUGUGGAUCCCUCUUUCUUGGCAGCUCUUCCUGAGGACAUCCGCAGAGAGGUGCUGCAAAAUCAGCUUGGGAUUAGACCACCCUCCCGUCCUCCUGUUGCCACCAGCCUGCCUUCCUCUACUCCACCUGUACUCGGAGGACCAGGGAUUACAGAAGUCAGCCCCGAAUUCCUGGCGGCCUUGCCACCUGCCAUCCAGGAAGAGGUUCUUGCUCAGCAACGGGCAGAGCAGCAGCGCAGGGAGCUAUCCCAGCAGCCUACACAGGGGGACACACCUUUGGAUCCAGUCACCUUCAUCCAGACGCUGCCUUCAGAGCUCCGACGUAGUGUCCUAGAGGAUAUGGAGGACAGCGUGUUGGCUGUGAUGCCCCCAGAUAUUGCUGCUGAAGCCGCCGCGUUGCGUAGGGAGCAAGAGGCACGUCAGAGGCAACUGAUGCAUGAGAGGCUGUUUGGUCAUAGCUCUUCUUCAGCCCUAUCAGCCAUCUUGCGCUCACCAGCCUUCACAAAUCGGUUAGGGAGCAAUCGUGGCGUCCAGUACACUCGGCUGGCUGUGCAGAGAGGAGCCACAUUUCAGAUGGGGGGAGGAACUAACCACAGACCUUCCAGUUCUAGCGUAGACUCAUUGUUGCGUCUGCGCGGUCGGUUGCUGCUAGACCACGAGGCCUUGUCCUGCCUGCUGGUUUUGCUUUUUGUGGAUGAACCGAAGCUUAACACCAGCCGUCUGCACCGUGUGCUCAGGAAUCUCUGCUACCACUCUCAGACACGUGGAUGGGUAAUUCGCAGCCUGUUAUCCAUCCUCCAACGCAGCAGCGAAAGUGAGGUGUGCGUUGAGUCCUCACGUCCCGAGGACUCCCGUGGUAAAAGGAGCAUCCAGGGAGGCUGUGGAGGAAAAGGUUCCGCUACGUCAUCCCUCUCCUCUUCCUCCUCUUCUUCAUCAUCCUCAUCAUCCUCCUUAGAGUUACUGAACAGGGUGGAGUCUCGCAGCUCUAACCAGCUUUCCUGGCUCUCUGUUUCUAUGGACGCAGCUUUGGGCUGCAGGACAAACAUUUUCCAGAUUCAGCGAGUAUCGGGUAGGAAACAUGCUGACCGUCACUCAGGUGGGGGCUCUGCAGGAUCUGGAACACUGGGAGGACUUUCAGGUGCUGCUGCAGGUGUCACAUGUGCAGGAGGUGGAGGCUCCACUGUUCACAUCCACCCGCAAGCUGCUCCGGUGGUCUGUCGACACGUGUUGGACACACUUAUCCAGCUAGCUAAGGUGUUCCCCAGCCACUUCACACAGCAGCGGUGUAAGGAUCUUUCGGCAUCGUCUUCUGACCUGGACGCACGUCUUUGUCUGGGAUCCGCCGGGGUACUGGGUGGAGGUGGGAACUCCAGGUCAGGGACGCAGUCUCAAAGCAACCCUGGCCCUAAUGUCUCCAACACACAGAACUCUUUUGGCUCCUCUGCUAUUAAUCCCCAGUCCCUCGGCAUUUCCACUGAUUUUUGGGACCUGCUGGUUAAGCUGGACAACAUGAAUGUCAGUCGCAAGGGCAAGGCCUCUAUGAAGACCGUGCCUCUGGGGGGCAGUGCAGAGGCUGAGGGGGCCCAGUUCAGCUUGGAGACGUCCCCUCUAGGCCAGCUGAUGAACAUGCUGUCUCACCCAGUAAUCAGACGGAGCUCCUUGCUCACUGAAAAGCUGCUACGCCUGCUCUCCCUCAUAUCCAUUGCCCUGCCUGACAAUAAGGCCACGGAGGUGCCUGCUGGACACCCCGCCCCACAGGCUUCCCAUGUUGCAACCAACUUAGGAGCCACAGCUGCAGUCACAACACAGGGCACUGUAUCUGUAUCUGUGGGCUCUACCCAGCCAAUUGUGGCAGGCCUAGGGGCCUCUUUGGGAGCUUCAGCCCAGGGUACAUCCUCUGGGAGUGUAACAGCCUCCCAAACAUCGUCUACAACAAUCUGUAUACCCACAUCCACUGGAACAACCUCUACAGUUUGGGGGGGUUCCAAAAUAGGGAAACAGAGGGGCACUCUUACCAGUUCAGAGAGUGACAACAAGAUGGCCUCCAGUGGACUCACAGAGAAACAGCUUCAACUCUCUGUGGAGGUAUUGACAUCUCACUCAUGCUCAGAGGAGGGUCUGGAGGAUGCAGCUAACAUUCUACUGCAGCUUUCAAGAGGAGACGGUACCACCAGAGACACUGUACUCAGACUGCUGCUCAGUGGAGCUAGACACCUUGGAUACACUCUAUGCAAACAGAUCGGCACAUUGCUGGCUGAACUAAGAGAGUACAACUUGGAGCAGCAGAAGCGGGCGCAAGCUGAUUCACACUCCCCAGAUGCCCCGCCUGAAGAUCCCUCCAUCUCGGGCAGGCUCAGGGGCAAGAUGACAAGCAGGCUUGGGUACAGGUUUGACGGCUCGGAGAGUGUAGUCAUUGUGGCUGCACAAAAACGCACACUUGGGGGACGAGAACUACAGCUUCCCUGUAUGAGCUCACUGACCUCCAAGACGUCAACGCAGAAGUUUUUCUUGCGAGUGCUGCAGGUCAUUAUCCAGCUGCGUGAGGACACCCGGCGCGCCAACAAGAAAGCCAAACAGACAGGGCGAUUAGGCUCCACCAGUUUGGGCUCAGCCAGCAGCAUCCAGGCUGCUGUGCGACAGCUCGAGGCUGAAGCUGAUGCCAUCAUCCAGAUGGUGAGAGAGGGUCAGCGGGCACGCCGCCUCCAACAGGCCCCCUUACCCACCGCCUCCUCUGCCUCUGCAACCGUUGUCGCCGCCGGAUCCUCAGUGGCAUCCCCCUAUGCUCCCACUGGUGCUGCUCCCCCUGCUGGCACGGCCGCUGCUGCUGCCACGUCCGACGUGCAGUCGAUGUCAGAAGCCCAGGCAGCCCAGAGAGACGACUCCCCUAUGGAUGUGGACCAGCCCUCUCCUCUAGAUCAGGACCCUGCACCUCUGGAUGAAGAAGGAAACAGCACGUCGGAGAGUGAGGAGAAACUUCCAGAACUCCCUCUGCUCAGUGAGCAGCUUCUGCUGGAUGAGCUAUGGGACAUGCUUGGGGAGUGCCUGAAAGAGCUGGAGGAAUCCCAUGACCAGCAUGCUGUACUGGUUCUCCAGCCUGCCGUGGAGGCCUUCUUCCUAGUGCACGCCACUGAGCGAGAGAGUAAACCUCCAGUGAGGGACACCCAGGAGAGUCAGCUCUCUCACAUUAAAGAUGAGCCUGCUCCGCUGUCACCAGCCCCCCUUACACCUGCCACACCUUCAUCCCUGGACCCGUUCUUUUCAAGGGAACCAUCCUCCAUGCAUAUCUCAUCCAACCUGCCACCAGACACCCAGAAGUUCCUUCGAUUCGCCGAAACUCACCGCACAGUGCUUAACCAAAUCCUGCGGCAGUCCACCACUCACCUGGCUGAUGGGCCCUUUGCAGUAUUGGUGGACUACAUUCGAAUCCUGGACUUUGAUGUGAAGAGAAAGUACUUCCGCCAGGAGUUAGAGCGUCUGGAUGAAGGCCUGAGGAAGGAGGACAUGGCUGUGCAUGUGAGGAGAGAUCACGUGUUUGAGGACUCCUACAGGGAGCUGCAUCGCAAGAGCCCUGAGGACAUGAAAAACCGACUGUACAUUGUGUUUGAAGGAGAGGAGGGUCAGGAUGCUGGUGGCCUGCUGAGGGAAUGGUACAUGAUCAUCUCUCGGGAGAUGUUCAACCCCAUGUACGCCCUGUUCCGCACUUCGCCAGGCGACCGUGUCACAUACACCAUCAACCCAUCAUCUCACUGCAACCACAACCAUCUCAGCUACUUCAAGUUCGUGGGUCGUGUGGUGGCUAAGGCAGUCUAUGAUAACCGGUUAUUGGAGUGCUACUUCACCAGGAGCUUCUACAAGCACAUCCUGGGCAAGAGUGUCAGGUAUACAGACAUGGAGAGUGAGGACUAUCCAUUCUUCCAGGGCUUGGUCUACUUGCUGGAAAAUGAUGUGUCCACACUGGGCUAUGAGCUGACGUUCAGCACUGAGGUCCAGGAGUUCGGCGUAUGUGAAGUGAGAGACCUCAAGCCAAAUGGAGCUAAUAUCGUGGUCACAGAGGAUAAUAAAAAGGAGUAUGUGCACCUGGUCUGCCAGAUGAAGAUGACAGGUGCAAUCCGCAAGCAGCUGGCAGCCUUCCUCGAGGGAUUCUACGAGAUCAUCCCCAAGAGGCUGAUCUCCAUAUUCACUGAGCAGGAGCUGGAGCUGCUCAUCUCUGGCCUACCCACUAUUGACAUUGAUGACCUGAAGGCCAACACUGAAUAUCACAAAUACCAGGCCAGCUCCAUCCAGAUCCAGUGGUUCUGGAGGGCCUUGCGUUCCUUCGACCAGGCGGACCGGGCUAAGUUCCUGCAGUUUGUCACUGGUACCUCCAAGGUUCCCCUCCAGGGUUUUGCUGCUCUGGAGGGCAUGAACGGCAUCCAGAAGUUCCAGAUUCACCGUGACGAUCGCUCCACUGACCGCCUGCCAUCUGCUCAUACCUGCUUUAACCAGCUGGACCUCCCAGCCUAUGAGAGCUACGAGAAGCUGAGACAUAUGCUGCUGAUGGCCAUUCAGGAAUGCUCCGAGGGAUUCGGACUGGCUUAAACUAUGAGACUCUUAACAAACUCAGACAUGCAAACAGACAGUUGAUUUAGAUUUGCCUACUCCUGACACAUUCACACUGAUAACCUUUGAAAAACACACACUAUCAUAGACUGUACUGGAAUAUUUGUUGAAUGGCCUAGACUUACUGGUUUCUAUUCCAUAUAAAACAGAUAAAACCAGUGAGUGACAUUGCGUACAACACAGAGAGCCUCAUGUUAAUGGAAAAAUGCAAGAGUGGAUUCAGAGGAUAAAACAUGGACUAAUAUAAGAGACAUUUUCUUCAUUUAGUUUGAUUUCUCUGUACAAAAGGUUUGGGAGUUUGUUAUGUUUAAUCUUUUUUGUUCUCUGGUUGUGUAAAAAGAAAAAAGAUAAUGUUGUUUGAACAGGAUGGUUAUAAAACCUUUGGGGAAAAAUAAUGGUGGUUUCUUGUUGCUAAUUUGUGACCUCAUAAGCCUUGACGACGGGGAACCUUUUUAUGGGGGGUAUAUGGACAACUUGAGAAGUUUGAGAUAUUCACAAAAAUGCACUUUUCAAAGUUUUGUGGCAUUUUUAAGGGAAGGAUGGUACAAAAAAAUGAAGAGAAAACCUGAAGGAGAUAAAAAAAAACAUUAACCAUAAAUCUAGAGUAUUUUUGGCUAUUAAAUCGCUGACCCAGCCUUGAGCCUUUGAAUCGGAGUGGAAUAACUACAUGAAUAAAUGCAUAAAAUUG